CAAUGAGAGCCCUUCAUGUCUGUCGACCCAAAACAAGUGCAUUGAGAAGGGGGUCGGCAUGCUUCAUCACUGCUCCGCGUUUUCCGUCUCUUGAGUCAAGAAAGCACGUCUGAAAUCUGAAUAUUGUGUCCGGGCAGCCAUAGUGCUUGUUGAGAAGAACAAUAAUAAUCGACUGCCGCUCGCGCUGUUGUUGCCGAGAAGCUGCGCGAGGGACUGGCGCGAGAAUGAAUUCAUGUUUUUGAUGCAAACACACGUGUGUGCUUUCGUUCAACGGGAUAAUAAUAUAUGAAAGAAUUUAAACCGCGUUUGUUGAGUCUGCUGGAUUGCACAACAUUUGGGAGAAGCCAGCUGCAGUCUGGGACUUUAACCCUGAAACACAGUGGAUCCUCUGGGCUAAAGUGAGAAGUGUGGACGUGGAGCCUGCUCCCUGUCAGCUCAGACCCGGCACCUGAUUUCAGUCCUAAUGCCUGAACUGAAUGAACACUCUGCCUAUGUGAUCUAUGGAAGAAAGAAAGAUCUGGAAUGGCAUGAAGGACUGUUUGACAUCAAGACACAAGAAGGAGAGAUCUUCAACAUGAACACAGACAGUGGAGGACAUAUCCGCAAAAGCGCCACGCUUUUACUCACUCUAACCCCCAUGAAGAGAAUCCAGAGCUCACCAAACCUAUACACGCUCACAGACUCUGAAUCACAAUCCAAAGAUUCAGAUUUAUGGAGGCCCAGCAGCAGCACCAGUGAUGGUCUGAGAAACGGUGACAUGUGCUCUUCCUCUCUGGCAGCUAAAGGCUACAGAAGUGUCAGGCCCAACUUUCAGGAUAAAAAGUCUCCCACACCAGCACAAGAGCAUAGUGUCCAUUCCCACAGACUGCUGUCCACAGAGGACCAAAUCUCAUGCUCUUCACAAGCAGAGCAGUCCUACAUGCACCCCCCAUCUAGGGAGUUGGAGAGACACGUAGCUUCCUUCGCCAUUCGCAUUAACCCUAGGCCACAGAUAUCGGGACGGCGCACACAGGCACUGUCUUUGAGACCCCCUACCCCUCCUAAAAGGAUGGACCUCCCGGAUAGCCACUCACGCCCCUGCCCUCCACUGCCAUCUGCAGCCCCUCCAGUGCCUGAGGUACCAGUCCUUCUUAAACAAACCUAUCCUGGAACAGCACUGACCUCACAGUCACCCCCUAAUCGGCUCAGAUUCUCCCUCGAUUUCAUCAGCUCCAGAGCACCUGACCAUCACCCCGAGACCCCUCCUCCAGGCCCUCCCUCUCCCGGCUCGGAGCCUCUACUGGGGCAGAGCCGCUGUUCUUCCCGCGCUCAGAGCGAAGCAUCCACAGCAGUGCUGGAGGAGUUGAGGGCGUGUGGACUAGGCCCAGAGGGUGGCACUCGUACCCCAUCUCCAACCCUCAGCCAGAUGAGUGCGGUCACAGACAACAUCUGGUUACACUUCCCUGCAGCUAGCACCGCUAAUGGCCAGAUGACUGUGAACGGGGGUCUGACUGUGCCAGCAAGUCCUCGUAUUCACCUCCAAAGACCCUUCUCUCCCUCAACAUACCCUCCUCCUCCUUCACUGAGCCCUAGUAUUACAGCCAUGCAGCAGGCUAGAACCACUGCCUCUGAGUCCAGCACUCCAGUCUACACCAACGUGGAUCCUCCAGCACGAGCGCCACAGACUGACAGGAAAGAAACAACAGGAAAAGCUCUGCAAUAUACUGGCAUCGGUCCUGUGGAUGAGACCGGGAUUCCCAUUGCCAUACGAACGACUGUUGACAGGCCAAAAGAUUGGUACAAGACCAUGUUCAAACAGAUUCAUGUGGUGCCUAAAUCAGAGAACGAGUGGCCUGCAUCCCGUACUGCCACAGACCCUGUUACAAGUACUGGUACAACUAUUUCUAAACAAGAUAAGCAUGCUGCCCCUAAUGCUGUUCAGGCCCAUCCUGCACCUAAAACUGGCACUUACCGGCCCAUCACCAAGAGUGUCUCUGAUAAUGGCGUAUACGGUUUCAGGGUGCCUGCUGCCUCUUCUCUCCCUUCUCCUCUGCCCACAUCAGCAUCCACACAGCAGAGAUCCGGUGAAAGGGAGGCACCACUGAGAGGGAGGAGCACACCUGACAUGAAUGAGUGGGGUCCUCCUGAUAGAAAGGUUGACACACGGAAAUACAGAGCAGAGCCAAGGAGUAUUUUUGACUAUGAGCCGGGGAAGUCGUCUGUUUUAGAGCAAGAAAGAACGACAAGUAACUUAAGACCUGAGGACAUAGAUUUAGAGAAUGAGCCGUGGUAUAAGUUCUUUGCUGAACUGGAGUUUGGGCGGCCGCCUCCAAAAAAACGUCUUGAUUACAAUCCAGACAGCUCACCUCGAUUCCGCGCAGAGACCUCCCUUUAUCAGCCAUCCUCAGACAGGAGCCUUGAAAGGCCAUCAAGCUCUGCAAGUGAUAACAAGAGGAGACGGAAAUCUGAACCUGCAACAGCUCAGCCCAGGGCACAGAGCAGCGUGGGCACAACACAAACGUCUGUGAGACCACCAGAGCCGCCCAAGAGCAGCAGCACCCAGAGGAAUCCCCUCACCAGCCCCGGUUCCCUCGCGGCCACCAGGACUAAAGAUCAGGACACAUCCAGAGAAUAUUCUUACCCUGAUGUGGGCAGCCACACACAGCAGAGCAGCAGACAAACCCCUGAAGUCAGAGAGAAACUGCCAGCCAGAGCAAUAUAUGACUUCAAAGCACAGACAGCGAAAGAGCUGACGUUUAAGAAAGGAGAGACGGUAUACAUCACUAGGCAGAUAGAUAAUAACUGGUAUGAAGGAGAAUAUCGUGGACAUGUGGGCAUCUUCCCUAUCUCAUAUGUUGAGAAAAUCCCUCCUUCAGAGAGACAUCAGCCAGCGAGACCUCCUCCGCCAGCUCAAAGCAGAGAAAUUGGAGAAGCAAUUGCCCGCUACAACUUUAAUGCUGAUACUAAUGUGGAACUUUCAUUAAGAAAAGGAGAGCGCGUUAUUCUGUUGCGGCAGGUGGAUAAGAACUGGUUUGAGGGCAAGAUCCCCGGUACAAACAAACAAGGGAUUUUUCCAGUGUCUUAUGUGGAUGUUGUUAAGAAGACCACAGUACAAAGUACUGGUCAACCUCCUGGGCCCAAUAUACCCACCAGCUACUCCAGUGACAGACUGAACAGUAGGCCGUCAUCUGCACGUACCCUCUACAACUCUCCAUCCCCUACUGUCCGUCCAUUCUCCUCAUCCUCUCCUAGUCCACAAAGAGCCACACACCUUCAGGCCAUCACCAGCGAGUGGUUGGCCCUCACUCUGGGUCUGUCUCCUUCAGGAACCCCUGCCCCUACACCUCCUCCCUUCCCUUCCAAUUUCCAGCCAUACUAUGAAGUUUUGGACUCUGCCAUUUCCCCUUCUCCUGCCUCCUCCAUGCUGGGCCGCUCUCCAGCCCUCACUCCCCACUCCUCCACUCCUGCGCUCAAAGAGGGCCACUUCAUUCCCAUCUUCUCCCCAAAGUCUUACAUGUCCCCCGAACCCAGCCUGUCACCUCAACCUUACCUCACCUCCGCCUCCUUCACUCCUUCGCCCACCUCACCCUCAUUUGACACCAGCCCCAGGUCUGCCAGUGUCAUAGAGAUCCUUUCCAGUCAAAAAUCAGAUUUACCCGAGAAGGAACUGCAGUUGUUCUCAGAUUGCAAAGACCAUUAUAAACCAGGCCAGACAGACUCCCCUAAAUUGCGUAGCCCUAUUGACUUGGUUGUUUUUGAGGCACAUGAAUCCCCAUUGGAUAUUCUGCCACCAAAAGACCCCGAUGAUGAUCUAUGUGAGGAGUUAGUGUCAAUCAUUAAGGCCAGCCAAUCAAAGGGCACAUUCGUAGAAGAGGAGGGAUUUUAUCGCCAGGAACCAGAUAUAAUGGAAAAGCUUCCCAGACUGUUUAUAGAGGAAGAGCCGAAAGAAGACAACAGCUUCUUAAAUGAACCCCUGACAUCAAAUACAUUUGCUCCAGUCCAACACGCCCAGAGUGAGGGUUCAGAUACUGAGAUGUCAUUGUCGUUCACACAGCCCUCAUCGGCUAAAUACUCUCCCCCUUCCCCGCGCUCCACCCCCCCUUUGCCUGGGGUUUCACAGUCGCCCCCUCCCUCUGCAAAACUGUUCUCUCGACAGGACCUCCGCUCCCCAAAGGUCAAGCCUGUGUUAAGGCGUGAUGUUGUGGUUGUUGGUAAGCCCCCUCGUAGCCCUGUGAUGUCUAGGAGGUCCUGCGGAUCGCCUGUUAGAGGUCAAAACUUUUCACCAUCUCAUAGGUCCCAAAGACAAGCAUAUGUUCAUGAUCCACUUCAAGGUGUAGGAGAACCAUUUCAAGCCCUGUAUAACUACACGCCACGAAAUGAAGAUGAGCUGGAACUGAAGGAGGGGGAUGUUGUUGACGUCAUGGAGAAGUGUGAUGAUGGAUGGUUUGUGGGAACGUGCAGGAGAACCAAAUUUUUCGGAACCUUUCCUGGGAACUAUGUGAAGCGGCUAUAAAUGGACUCUUCUAAUACACAUCUCUGAUGGUCAUACAUCCACUUAGGAGAGAUGGACAGUGUCACCUACGGCUACCUGCUGGAAUUAGCAUGACAUGUUCCAGUCAUCAACCUGUUGGACAGAUGGAAACAGAAGCCAAUGGCCUUGGAGGGGUUAUUGCACCAUUUAUGUAAUUUGGCUUAAAUAUGUUGAUGAUUAAAUUCUAAAACCAUUAUGUUAAUUAGGAAUUUCAGUAAAUGCUUUAAAACAUUGGGUUGCCUACAUUUUUCUCAUAGUUGAAAAAAAUCAGUAUGCUUGCCUUCUAGUUAAGCUGAUGAAUUUCAACAUUAUGAGUAAUCAAGUGCCCUGUUUAUCUUUUAUUUAUUGAGAGACACGUUUUCUUUCAUAAGAAGGGUGAAAUACAGGUGAGGAAUGAUCUACUGGUGCCCCUCUGUACACUGGACCUGAUGUCUGGUCUGAUCUGAUCUAGAUUAAACAGUAUUGCAGUGUCAUGUUUGCGUCAGGCAGUGGAUAUUAACCAUUCCUGCCAACAUGCAUGUUUUUAGUAUGUAAACUCUCUGGUUCAGAAGAAUGACCUCCGGUUUUCUAGGGCUCUACGUUCUUCCUCCAGACAUUCCUUUGAGCAUUUGAAGGAUUUUACAGAUAAGAGAAAAAUAUUUUUUGAUGUUUUUCAAUCUAAAGAGAUAACGUUUUUGAGAAUGCUUUAUCCCUAACAAAAGGCGUUUUGGCAAAAAUGGGCAUGUUAACCGUCGUAAACUGACUCGUAUUAAUGUCUCUACUGCCUAUAAUAAAUAUUUCUGUGUUGGGUGACCUUGCACAUCACUUUUGGUUUACACACUGUAAUCUAUUUAUGGCCAAUAAGAGGAGCACAUGAUGGCAUAAUUACUAAACUGCAAUUGGCAGCCAUGUAUUUUGUAUAUGUCGCCUUCCGAUUCUUCAAAUUGGUUCAAUUUGAGUGAGGAAAUGUACGUAAAAAUCUAUUUUUGUUUAUUUGAUCAUUCAGCAAACUUUUUUCAUUAUGAUAUACUUAAUAUAUUGUUAAUUGUCCACUUUCUAUGUAUUUGAUCUGUUCAGCACAGUGAUUACACUCAUAUUCAAAUGUUCAAUUUAAAAUAUGCAGCGUUUCAAUCUUCCUGUGAGACUGUAUGACUAACAGUUUUAUUCCAGUCAGUAAAGCAAGAAAUGUAAAUGUGUCAGUCAAUAGAAACAUGAACCAAUAAUAUAUGUAAUUUAGGCAAUAUUAUACCUCGUGGAAUUAUGCAGUCUCUGUGUUGUCAGUAUGCUUAAUGUACCAGUAACAUCCUGCGCAUGUUGUUUCAUAAAGAACUGCUCGUCAGUGCAAACUCAUUAUUGUACCAGUAUGAGAAUUUAUUAACGCCAUGGCGCUCUGGUUUAAGAGAUGCGUAUGGUGGUACGGAGCAAUAUUUCCACCUGGCUCUGUGAACCAUUAAGACUAGAGCAGAGAUCUUAUUGUGGUUUAGUUAAGAGCUGGCACCCAGUCUUCCAUUCUUAAGCACUAUCAGAAGUGAAGUAAACUGUGCUGUUCCUGGUGCAUAACUUUACCACAUGUCAUUUAUGUGAUAACAUGGAUACUUGUUAUAUUUAAUAAUGCACGUUUCAGGAACAAAUGUUUAUAAAGUACAGAACACUGUGAUAUGUUCAUUAAAUUAAACGUAGCAUAAUGCUGGCAUUGAACAUUUGGUGCUAGAGUGUGUGAUGGAUUCUGAUUGGAUGAAAACUGCUUUAAUAUCACUGGUUAAGAAUAGACAGAAUAUCACAUCACUGAAUUAUAUAAAGACAUGACAUGCAAAGUGCUAAACUAAUAAAUCACUAUAUCCACCCAUUCAUUAAUAAACAAAAAAAAUAUCUGAUUCGACUCUCCAAGAAGUAAAAGCAAUCAAUGUUUUUUUAAAGUCUUUCUUUGCCUGUUCUUUCUCUGUGCAAAUGUGCAUAAAUAAAGUCAUAUAUUUUUCGGCAGAUCAAA